GUACGCUGCUGCUAACCUUUAUAUAAAGGGCUAAGCUUGUAAAUCAAAUCCUCACAGCAUUUCUUCUUCUCCCUCCCUCUUUCUCUAUUGCGGCAGUUGAAUUCGGAAAAUGUCUCACCGGAAAUUUGAGCACCCUAGACACGGUUCUCUCGGCUUUCUCCCAAGGAAACGAGCUUCACGUCAUCGUGGAAAAGUGAAAGCCUUUCCAAAAGACGACCCCACCAAACCAUGCAGGUUGACUGCUUUUGUUGGCUACAAGUCUGGGAUGACCCAUAUAGUUAGGGAGGUGGAGAAACCUGGAUCAAAGCUUCAUAAGAAGGAGACAUGCGAAGCUGUCACCAUCAUUGAAACUCCUCCAGUUGUUGUUGUUGGAGUGGUGGGAUACGUGAAGACACCACGAGGCCUUCGCACACUGAAUACUGUUUGGGCUCAGCAUCUUAGUGAAGAUAUCAAGCGCCAAUUUUACAAGAACUGGUGCAAAUCAAAGAAGAAAGCUUUUACCAAAUAUACCAAGAAAUAUGAAACUGACGAAGGAAAGAAAGAUAUUCAAACUCAGCUUGAGAAAUUGAAAAAGUAUGCCACUGUCAUCCGUGUUCUUGCUCAUACUCAGAUAAGGAAGUUGAAGGGUCUAAAACAAAAGAAAGCUCAUUUGAUGGAGAUCCAAGUUAAUGGUGGAACAGUAAGCCAGAAGGUGGACUAUGCAUAUGGUUUCUUUGAAAAGCAAAUCCCUGUUGAUGCUGUUUUUCAAAAGGAUGAGAUGAUAGAUAUCAUUGGAGUGACUAAAGGUAAAGGUUAUGAAGGUGUGGUAACUCGUUGGGGCGUCACUCGCCUUCCACGAAAGACACACAGAGGUCUCAGGAAGGUUGCUUGUAUUGGUGCCUGGCACCCUGCUCGUGUUUCUUUCACAGUUGCCAGGGCUGGGCAGAAUGGAUAUCAUCAUCGUACUGAGUUGAAUAAGAAGAUCUACAAGGUUGGCAAGACUGACCAAGAGUCACAUACAGCCAUCACUGAAUUUGACAGGACUGAGAAGGAUAUUACGCCUAUGGGUGGAUUUCCUCAUUAUGGUAUUGUGAAGCACGAUUAUCUUAUGAUCAAGGGAUGCUGUGUUGGACCGAAGAAGCGGGUUGUCACUCUUCGUCAGUCACUUCUCAAGCAGACAUCUCGAUUGGCUCUUGAAGAGAUCAACCUGAAGUUCAUCGACACCUCCUCCAAGUUUGGACAUGGCCGCUUCCAGACUACCCAGGAGAAACAAAAGUUUUAUGGUCGGUUGAAGGCGUAAUUUAUAUUAAAAUUGUGACGUUUCUCAGUUCUGUUCGGAGCCUUUGCAAUCCAAUUUUGCAUCAAAAUAAGACAUUUAGUGAGUGGUGUUUUUAUUUCUUAGAGUCAGUUGUUCUUCAUUUCUCACUGAGAAGUGAGAACACAGUUUUGUUAUUUCCUUUCAAAUUGAACCUCUGCAAUCCAAUUUUGCAUCAAAAUAAGACACAGUCAGUGGUCUUUUUAUUUCUUAGAGUCGGUCAGUCAGUCAUUGUUUUUACAUUUCUCACUGAGAACACAGUUUUAUUAUUUCCUUUGAAAUUGAAACUCUAUAAAACCCACUUCCUAUCUGCUUAGCUUUGGAUAAUUUUUCCAGUAACAUUUUGAAUGUUUAUCAUCUUUAGAAUCCCCACCAGAAUUUUCCUAACACGGCUCCAAUCUCUUUACAACUUCAUUAAGAAGAGAGCUUGUAGAAACUCAUAGCGCCUCAAAUGGUGUUGGUGACAUUUUUCUAGCAGAACUUCUUGGUAUUUGUCAUGGUUUCUCUCUUGCCUUUGGUUGUUUGCGAGAUUGACCCCAUGGAUGUGAAAUCCAAGGACUUUUCUUUUUUUACGGCAGAAAUCCAAGGACUUGAACAAUUAAAGAAAGAGACGGCAACUAAAAGUAGGAAGGGGCUGAAAUUUAUUGGCUAAGAAACUGUCCUCUGUUCCUUCAAUCUGUGAAAUAAUAGAGAAACACGACAAAAUCCCAAGUCCCCACACUCACAUUCACAAAGAGAGAGAUAGGUAGGUGCGGCUUGUGUAGCUAGCUUCAUAAUUACUAGUAGUAUAUUGUCUAUAACUAAAAUAAUUACUCCCUC